GAGGUGGUGUGUCGUGGGUCUGCGUCCAGCCGCUCCUUCCCUCCCUAACCUCAGUUGCUAGCCCGCCACAGUCGUUGACGGAGUACCUUGUACUGUACUCAUCCAGCUCAACCAGUGAACCAGUGCUACUACUUGCAUCAUCGGUACCCCUUUCUAGGAUUUAAAAAUCUUUAUAAGUGCAGAAGGAUAUUUCGACCCGGUUCACUGAUACGAAAUAUUUUAGAGUCUACAGAACUGAUUGAAAUCCCCAGUGGGUAGUUACUGAGUGAGCCGGGUUUGUGACCAACUACCUACGUUGUGCAGACAAAUGAUGGCGACGGAAGUACAGAUGCAGGAAGAGGUGGUCCGCCGGGUGAUGGCCAUGACCCAGGUAGACCGUGACGGGAUGAGGGACGCUUACUGCGACGUUCGUGACGAUAAGUCCGAAUGUAACUGGGCCGUGUUCAAGUAUGAUGGGAGCCAGGUUAUGUUGGCGGCCAAAGGAGAAACGUUCGAUGACUUUAAGUCUCAGUUUGAAGAUGAUGAGCGAGCUUUCGCGUACAUUCGUCUGCAGACUGGAGAUGAGAUGAGCAAGCGAUCAAAAUUCCUGUUGGUAACCUGGGUAGGAACUGAGGUAUCUCCAAUAAAGAAAGCCAAGAUGUCAACAGACAAGGCUCUUGUGAAAGAGAUUUUGUCGAAUUUUGCAGUGGAGCUGACAUUGGAAAGCUCCAAUGAGCUGGAUCACGAAGCCUUCCUCCAGGAACUAAGGAAGGCUGGAGGUGCAAAUUAUGGCACUGGUAUCCGUGACUAGAUAAUGAGGCUUUUGUAAGAUAAGGAUUUUGUUAGUUACUGUCUUGCAUAUGGCAUGACUUGGAGACUGAAGUUUGGUACUUUUACGACUCCCCAAGUCCAUUUCAAUUUUCUGAAAAAAAAAAAACAUUUCAUACAAAACCUUUUAAUCUUUAAAAAAAUUAUAAAAUUAGCAUCAAACAUCAUUUAACUGUCAUUAAUCACAUCACACUUGCAGGUACAGCCUAUAGUCAUUUACUGUUUUUUGCAACUAACACUGCUUAUGUAUUCAUGGACACAAUUGGAUUGGAUCUAACAUUUUUUUUUUGCUUGAUAAAGAAGACACAGUUGGUUCUUUUCAUCUGCUACAUUGUGUGUAAAUGAUUGAUCAUAUCAAAUUAUAUCCAGAAUAUGGGAGAUAUGCCAAUAGACUGCACACAACUACAAUAAAAGUAAACUUAAAUUAAAUGUCUAGAACACUUAAGGUGUAUGUAUUAGAAUUUUCCCCAUCUUGUUAAGUCCUGGUGCUCAUGCUACAAGCACUAUCUUGACUGAAAUUUUCUGGAACAUAAGUUGAAGCUUGGAGGCAUUGAAUAUUAAUACACAAUUAGAUAGGAUUUAUUUAUUUUUUUUUUUACUUUUUUGUAGGCUAUGCAUUAUCCUGGAUCAGGUUCUGUAUUUGUCAUACAGUAGAAUAAAGAUAAAGAAGUA